ACCGUUUCCGAAGAUGCAUUUCUCUCGUUCUCUAUCUGUCCCAGGGACCAGUCUGACGUGCAGCGCCUUCGGUAAAGUUUUCCAAGUUUGUAAAAAUGCACAAACAGGAAAAACCACUGUCGAUGUUAUGGGGUUGUGAACUCAGUGAGUCAAAGAUGGAGGAAACGUUCAAAACGGAUGACACAAACUUCCAACAUCAACUCGUCCUGAGAACCAUGUGUCUGGGCGCAGGCGCCAAAGGAGAGUUCAACAUUGUGGAGUUGCUUACUGGAGAACCGGAUAACGGUAAAGGUAUAACUGUGGCGACCCUGCAUGCCAGCGGCAUGCCCAUGGUCAAUCUCGCUGGGCUUGAACUCCACCCUCCUGUCACCUUCAGGCUGAAGAGUGGCGCUGGCCCUGUGUACAUCUGUGGGGAACACAUUGCCCUGGAGGAUGACUUCUCAAGCAUCGAGAGUGGUGAUGAGGAGAUGGAGGAUGAGGAGGAAGACAUUGAGGAGUCUCCUGUGAAGCCGAAGAAAGCACUAGCCAAGAGCGGAAAUGCUGCAGGCAAGAAAAAGAAGCCAGAGGCGGCAGAUGAACCUGUGUCGGAUGACGAGAACCCUCCCCAAAAGAGAAAGGGGAGAGGAAAAGGCAGGGGAAAGUAAUCCCAGGUGCUGCUGCUCAUCUAAAUGUCCUGUUUGGUCAAAGGUUCUGUCAAUCAUUUUUAGGUGUCUCUCUACCUGUUCAGUACGUGUAUUAAACUAAGUCUGUUUGUCCUGUA